AUGCGCGCGGUCGCGCGGUCGCUCCUGCUCUGGCUGACGCUCGCGCCGACCCUGGCGCGCGCGUCGGCGCACGCGUACGCGCGCGACUCGCUGUACGCGACGAACGACGCGGCGAUCCUCGUCGCGGGCGCGGAGGGCGUCUUCGCGUCGCGCGUGCGCCUCGAGCGCGAGACGACGGACGUCCGAAAGCGAUGGCUCGGCGCGAAUCCGCGCGUCGCGGACGGGCGCGCGUACGUCCGACUGGACGCGCUGACGUUCGAGCGGCCGCGGGAGACGGCGCGGGCGAGGGGCGCGACGGGGGGGGCGAGCGGCUUGGUCGAGGCGGCGACGUUUAAACGCGAGGACGUCGAUCGGAUCGGCGUGUGGGACGACGAGGCGGGCGCGAGGAAGUUUUGUUGCACGGGUGACAUGGCGAAGCGAGGGCUGUGCGAGAAGGGAGAGGUGGGACGAUUGGUGGUGCGAGGGCGGGGCGACGGCGGCGCGACGGCGCCGUGGAAGACGGAGAUUUGGUUCGAGGGCGACGACGUCGAGGCGAGGAGCGAUGUGCAGGCGGUGAGCGUGCGGGAGACGGGGAUGUAUUACAUGUGGUUCGUGGUGUGCGAUCCGGAGCACGCGGGGGUGACGGUGAGCGGGAGGACGCUUUGGAAGAAUCCGGAUGGAUAUCUGCCGGGGGCGAAGACGGCGCUGUUGCCGUUUUACGGCUUCGCGGCGAUGGCGUACCUCGGGUUGGGGUUCGCGUGGGCGAUGGCGUACGUGGGGAAUUGGCGACACGUUUUAGAGCUGCAUAAUUGCAUCACCGUCGUGCUGGCGCUGUCGAUGUGCGAGACGGCGGUGUGGUAUUUCGAUUACGCCAACUGGAACGCCACGGGCUAUCGCCCGUACGUGUUCACCGUGGUCGCCGUCUUGCUCGGCAGUCUUCGCACGACGCUCAGUCGCACGCUCGUGCUCAUGAUGUCCAUGGGGUACGGCGUCGUUCGCCCCACCCUCGGCGGGUUGAACGCCAAAGUGGUGUCGUUGAGCGUUUGCUAUCUCUUCUCCACCGCCGUCAAGGACGUCGUCGAGCACGUCGGAUCGGUGGAUGACUUGAAACCCGGCGCGAGGUUGUUUUUGGUGCUGCCGGUGUCGGUGUUUGAUUCCGUGUUCUUGAUUUGGAUCUUCAACUCGCUGUCGAGGACGCUCACGCAGCUCGUGUUGAGACAACAAAAGCAAAAGCUGUCGCUCUACCGCGCGUUCACCAAUCUCUUGGCGGCGAACGUCGUGCUCUCGGUCGGUUGGCUCGCGUACGAGAUGUGGUUCAAGAGCACGGACAUGAUUGAAGAGAAGUGGGAGUCGGUGUGGAUGUUGACUGCGUUUUGGCAAGCGUUAUCCUUCGGUUUACUCGCCGGCAUUUGCUUUUUAUGGCGCCCCGCGAGCGAGUCGACGCAGUACGCCUACAGCGAGCUCGCGAACGACAUCUCCGAAGACGCGUGGUGGGGCGAGCUCAUCACCAACGACGACAUCGAGCAAUUCGCGGGGUCGUCGAAAAUGUCCAAGUCACCGCGCGUGAUGAAUAGUGCGAAGAAGACGCGAGCGAUGAACGACUUUUCGCUCGACGCCGACGACGACUCGGCGGCGGAAAUCGAAAUGGAAAUGGGAAAGAUUGACUGA